GAGCAAAAACGGUUCCAUCAGCAAAAAGAGGAGGGAGAGAAAAGAUGAUUGAAAUAAAAUCUUAGUUGCCGAUGACUAUUCUUAUCUUUUCUGUAUUCCCAUUCACCUGUUAUUACACAUCAGUUCUUUCACCCACGCAACCUUUGCGCAGACUCUACUCUGCUCCGAUACUAUCACCCAUCCAUGAGGAACACCCCGUAGCGUCGUCGAAUCAGUAUAGCGGGGAGCGCUUAACGCGAUGCUACUAUGCAGUACAUUGUGUGGAGCGCUAACCGCGUCUUUCGGCACCGUCGUGCAGAUUACGAUCUUCUUACUGCAGAACUCCAAUAUCUCGAGAGUGCUCGCGUCCAUGCCACCGGGAGCCGAAGACGAAAUUAUUGUGAUCGAACAUCUGCCGGGACGGCGGGUGCAUCUUCAAGAUUUCUUUUGGACCGGCUUGGAAGACGCGCCGCCAUGGGUGGAUCCCAGUCAGGGUUUAACUUAUUACGAGACAAGGACGAUCGUUCACACUGUCACAGUUUAUACCCCGACCGACGAGAAGGGCCCGUCAGACCCCAUAUCCCCUCAUCGUCCAGAUAAUUACAAUCCAGAAUGCGUCACGUGCAUAGAACCGACGCCUAGGUUGGACGACGAUGACGAUCAGAGCAUCGGGAUCCUUAUCGGAGAUGACCCAGGCCCAAGGUACUGGCUGUUGACGGUUCUUCGACCAGGUGAAGCCGUACCACCCAAAGUCGAGCUUCGUUUAGCUCGCUUGUAUCGCGCCGCAUUUUCCAGACAGCAGCAACGACAUCUUGGUCUGCUAUCGACGGAUCCACGGUCCCGAAGAGACGCGUUGUUACGCAGUUUUAUUAACCGAAAGAACGCACAAGAACGUCUUGGAGCUUCGUCCCAAGCGAGAGUCCCGCGAGAAGAGAUUUCCGCAAAUACAACCGAAGCUCAACUAUCCGAAUUAACGGUUGGCACUGUCGAUAGUUCUUCGACUCGCGUAGAAACUGAAACGAGCGUUCCAAGCUUACUUGAUGACAAACACUCUUCGAACUUCUCGCAAAUCAAAUCCAUGAGAAUGAUUGAAAUCCCCAGGCCGAAAAAGAUGUUGCUGCCGACACUCGACACCGACGCAACGAACGAUUACGAAAAAUCAACAAAAGACGAUUUCGCACUGAAGAAGAUCAUGAAAACGUUGAGAGGAGAAGCAAAAUCGUUGUCCGCACAGAACGACGAAUCUAUAGCUGUCGAUUCAACGCGUCUCGGCCCCGGUACAAUCGACGAUUCCAGCAAACAAUCGCCACCAGAAUUGACGUCAAUUCCCUCCUCCGAUUCGAAAUUGAAUACUGACAACGUCUUCAGAAGUCGAUCUAACGAUACCGGAGAUACGAGUGUAAUACGCUCAAGAUUGCGUUUAGGGGAUGGCGCGAUUCCGGGGGUCGUGAAAGUUAGAAUGCAGAAUACGAGCGUUAUCGAGGGCGGUGCUAUGAGAUUGAUCUAUUCGGUUCAUCUCGACGGCAAGCCCGUUCCUGCUGAAACGGCCGCGAGAGAUAUGGCGCUUCUCUCGCCCCAGGAAGUCGCUCUGGAGCUCGGUGCACCGGUGAUUAUUCAAAGCGAACCUUAUCUGAAGGAGAGUAGACCUCUAGCUCUGUCGAGGAGGAGAGAUGCGUGGCUACUAAUUGGUGCCGCUAGCGCGGGUGUCGUUCUGCUGAUUCUUGUUCUCACUGGCUUGAUCUUGGCUGCCAAAAGAAAAAGGGCACACAGCGCCGUUGUUGCACCGCCAAAUAAAAGUAUUCUUAAGAAGGACCGUGAAUACGCAGCCGCGACGUCCGGCCUCGAUAACGCGGCGUUUUCAACGUCGGAAACGGAAAUCAAGACCGACGGUACCAGUCAGCGGCAAACUCCGCGGACUUUAUCCCGCACUCCGAUCACGCCCGACACGCCCGACAGUCUGGACUUGGGUAUUCACGAAGUUUCCAGCGACGACGACGACGAAGAACCGAGGAAAACCCGCAGAUCAGUCCCCUGGGGUACUCAAGAACACGCGAUUAAGAAAGCAAGAACGUCUCAUAGAAGAAUGACGAGAACAGACGCAAUGGACCGACCCGGAUCACCGGACUCGUUAACCGAUCAUAUAGAGACACUGGAGUCUUUGGAGAACGGUUACGUGAAACAUAAGGAAGAAUCUACCGCUUCGCCGCGAUCUUAUUUAUCAAUGCCAUCGUGCAAGCAAUUUCCUAGUAUGCGCAGCGUAGAACCACUGUCGAGAGUGUUGGAACCCGUCAUGGUCAGGCACUUAGACAUCGAUUCUCCCGAAUUAGUGCAUCACGACAGAGACGAUAUCGACGACACUUUCCUCGCGAGAACGUCGAGCGCCUCGAAGGACCCUGGAGCUGUAGGGCCGAUCGUUUGGAAUCUUAACAAGCAGGUGUUCUCCACAGAAGAUUCAACUACUCUAAAGGUAACGGUGCAUCCGAAACGGAUAUCGAUGGAGUGUACCGUCUACCAUCCGGACCCGUGGGCCGCGCCAGAAGGAGACUCCACGAGUUGCUCGAGGACUCCUUCAGUCUCUUCGGAAGCAGAGACGUCAAGAUCAAAGAGCGGCAACGGUCGCCGCAGCCGCCGAUCUCCGUUGCAAGCGCAGCGGAUACGCUCGCGGUAUUUUCGGAGGCCAGAGGCAAAUCCGACCACAUCAGGUACAUAUCCUUCUUCCUCUUCUUCUUCUAACAGCCCAGCAGCAACGCCAACGAUGGAAAUGAAGACACGACCUCGUACAUCGUUGCCACGUAAAGGUCUGAACGUGGAGGAUAUCCCAGAAACUGGCCAAACUGAAUCUGUUCAUUCUCGCGGUGCCUGGGGUUCAAGGCCACUCAGCGCGGGUCCGUUCCACAGACCGAACUUGCCGGAAGUGGACACCAGACGUAUAUUAGCGGAUAGCAGACUACCACCGGAAGAUCCCGCGGUACCUUUGAUCGCGUCAAUCAAAAAGGAACUUGAAAAAUUCUCGCCCCAGUAGAGCUCACUAACAAGUAAAAUAGAAUGCAAUAAUCAACUUAAAUGCUCACGAAGUGAUAUGUUAAAUCUUAAGUCUGAGGACGGUGUAAAUAUUCAAAUCAAAUCUUUUCCACAAAAUUUUGUAACUCGACGUCGAAGUUUUCCAUUAUAUAAACUGUAACGUAGCAAAAAGCAGAACAUUUUAGAUAUAUCAUAUUUACACGCAUAAAUAUUAUAAUAAGAGAUGAAAAAUAAAUCAUGUCAUAGUUUUGCUGUUACAAGUCGAAAUUGUGCCACUUUAACUUAUUAAUCAGUCACUGUAUAUAUCAUUACAUUGAACAUAAAAUGCAUUUGCGAACUUAAUACAGUACAAUCAUGGAUAGAAAGUUUGACUGAUUAAAGUGUAAAAAUAUUAUUAUGAACUCCUGUGACUGAUCUGUUCAACACACGUGGGAAUAUACCUGUAACUUAGAUCAAAUAUGUAAUAAACUUAUAUAAUAUGCAAGAUAAUCUAAAAAUAUAUCAUUACGUUGAACAUAGGAUGCAAACAAUUUGCAAACAUAAUGCAAUACAAUCAUGGAUAGAAAGUUUGGCUUGAAUAAUAAAUUGGUAUGAACUGCUGCGACUGAUCCAUCCAACAUAGGCAUAUAUCUAUAAUUCAGAUGAAAUGCACACACAAUAAACACUUGUAUAAUAUAUACGUAUAACC